AAGCACAACAAAAGAAGUCUUCUCUUUUCAGUAUUCAUUGCUGUCGUCCAAACAAUACUUUGAGCCAUAAAAAUUUGACCACGUCGUCGCUACACUUCUAAUAUUGCAACUUUUUAUUAAUCAAAUUCAGUCCAUCUUUUUAUAUUUAUUAUAAGUCCACAUUUUUAUAAAUUUAUUUAAGCCUUCAUUUCUCCACCUCUCCUUCUUUCUCUUCUCCCUUCUCUCUUCUCUCUCCUUUCAUUCAUUAAUUUCAUUAACACUUGCAAAACACGAGUUAUUUGUUUGCAAAUUGCUUCACUUAAUCAUCCUUAUUAAGAAAUAUGAAAUGGGAGAUUCAAGAUUUGGAAACGUGACUUUUCCGUGACAUCAGUUGUCAACGAGUUGUGGAAGUUGAAGUCCUGCAUUGAUACAUGAAAAGUAUAGAAAGCUAGCAACUUUGUGAAGGACAUUAAAGAUGUCUUCCAAUUCUUGGAUUACUAAUCUUUCAUGUUCAAAUCCUUCAUCACAAUCAUUGUUACAAUGGGUUAAAUUCAUAUUACUUUCUCCAUGUCCUCAAAGAGUUCUGUUUAUUUCUGUUGAUGUUAUCUUCUUGGUUACCCUCUUUGGUGUAUUUUUGUACAAUUUCAUCUAUAAGGUUGUCUUAGGAAAUCGCCAUGACUCGAGCAAUAGGAAGAAUACCACAGCUACGAACCGAGCUCGUGUUCAGACAAAUGUUUGGUAUAAACUAUCCAUCAUUGUAACAACUUUGUUAGCAUUUGCUUAUUUACUUGUUGCUAUCAUAGCUUUUGGUAGUAAAACUCAUGAUUUAUCUUGGAACAUUGUGGAUAAAACAUUUGGGAUUGUUCAAGUAUUGACUUAUGUUGCAAUAGUCAUCUUGAUUGCUCAUGAGAAGAAGUUUGAGGCAUCUAAGCAUCCACUCUUGCUUCGAGUAUAUUGGGUUGCUAGCUUUAUAAUCUAUGCCUUGCUUGUUGCUUCGAGUUUGAUCCGUUUUAUUUCUUACAAUGGAGAUGUUGGAUUUGAUUAUUUGAGGUUGGAGGAUAUAGUUUCCUUUGUCUCUUUCGCUCUUGCAAUUGUUCUUCUUUUGAUUGGGAUUAGAGGGUCAACGGGAAUAAUGGUAGCAAGACAUGAGGCAGUAGACAAUGGAACUUCAUUAAGUGAGCCACUUUUGGAGAAACAGACUGUAAGUGGUUUUGCUAAUGCUUCAUUUGUAUCAAAGACCUUCUGGUUUUGGAUGAACCCUCUACUUAGUAAAGGAUACAAAACACCUCUUACGGCGAAUGAUGUACCAUCCCUUUCACCUCAACAUAGAGCUGAGCUAAUGUCUGACCUCUUUGAAUCCAAGUAUCCUAAGCCACAUGAAAAGUGCAAGAAUCCGGUUAGGACUACCCUUUUAAGGUGUUUCUGGAAGGAAGUUGCAUUUACAGCUUUCUUAGCAGUUAUUCGAGUUUGUGUCAUGUAUGUUGGUCCUGUUCUUGUUCAGAAGUUUGUUGAUUUUACUUCGGGUGUGGGAAGCUCUCCCAAUGAAGGGUAUUACCUGGUCCUCAUCCUUCUUGUUGCAAAGUCGGUUGAGGUAUUGACUUCACAUCAAUUCAACUUCAAUUCUCAGAAGCUUGGGAUGUUAAUUCGUUCAACCCUCAUCACUAACUUGUAUAAGAAAGGGCUAAAGUUGACAUGCUCGGCUAGGCAGGCUCAUGGAGUUGGACAAAUUGUGAAUUAUAUGGCUGUUGAUGCUCAGCAACUCUCUGAUAUGAUGCUGCAGCUUCAUGCUGUUUGGUUGAUGCCUUUGCAACUUUCUGUGGCGUUAGCUCUUCUCUACAACUAUGUCGGUUUAGCUAUGGUCACUGCAUUUAUUGGAAUCAUUGGAGUUUUACUGUUUGUUUUCUUUGGCACUAAGAGGAACAAUAGGUUUCAGUUCAAUUUGAUGAAGAAUCGUGACUCUCGAAUGAAGGCUACAAAUGAGAUGCUUAACUACAUGCGAGUGAUCAAGUUUCAAGCUUGGGAAGAGCACUUCAACCACAGGAUCCAAUCAUUUCGGGAUGCUGAGUAUGGUUGGCUAGCCAAGUUCCUGUACUCCAUAGCAGGCAAUAUUGUGGUGAUGUGGUCCACGCCUGUAUUGAUAUCCAGCCUUACAUUUGGCAGCUGCAUCCUUUUAGGAAUCCCGCUUGAUGCAGGGAAAGUUUUCACCACUACAACAAUCUUUAAGAUGUUGCAAGAGCCAAUCAGGACUUUCCCUCAGUCUAUGAUUUCAAUAUCACAGGCUAUGAUUUCACUCAGAAGGCUUGAUGAUUUUAUGAUGAGUAGGGAACUUGCGGAUGAGUUGGUGGAGCGAGUUGAGGGCUGUGAUGGUGUUACAGCCAUACAGGUUGAUGAUGGUGUCUUUAGCUGGGAUGAUGAAGGUGGAGAGGAGUCACUGAAAGAUAUAAAUUUAGACAUAAAGAAAGGGCAGCUUGCUGCUAUUGUUGGCACUGUUGGAUCAGGAAAGUCAUCUUUGCUUGCCUCAAUUCUCGGUGAGAUGCACAAAAUAAGUGGAAAGGUAAGAGUUUGUGGGACUACAGCUUACGUAGCACAGACAUCUUGGAUACAGAACGGAACCAUUGAGGAAAACAUCCUGUUUGGUUUACCUAUGGACAGGGAGAAAUACAAGGAAGUUCUGAGAGUUUGCUGCUUAGAGAAGGAUAUGGAAAUGAUGGAAUUUGGGGAUCAGACUGAGAUUGGAGAACGUGGCAUCAAUCUCAGUGGUGGUCAGAAGCAACGGAUACAACUUGCUAGAGCUGUCUAUCAGGACUGUGAUAUUUAUCUUCUUGAUGAUGUCUUUAGUGCUGUUGAUGCUCAUACUGGAUCAGAAAUAUUUAAGGAAUGUGUAAGAGGAGCUCUGAAGGAUAAAACAAUUAUUCUUGUGACUCAUCAAGUGGACUUUUUGCAUAAUGUUGACCUUAUCAUGGUCAUGAGAGACGGUAUGAUUGUGCAAGCAGGAAAAUACGACAAACUUCUAGAAGCAGGCACAGAUUUUAAUGCACUUGUAGCUGCCCAUGAUACAUCUAUGGAACUUGUUGAAGCAGGCAGUAACACUGAGCUUUCAGAAGAUUCUACACAACAGAAAUCUCCUAGAGAAUUAACCACUCACAGCAAAGGUAAUGGCGUGAGCAGUUCUUUGCAAAGAUCUAAGUCAGAUGCAACACAGAAAUCAGAAAAGGGAGAUGCUAUGCUUAUCAAAGAGGAAGAAAGAGAAACUGGGAAAGUCAGUUUACGUGUGUAUAAGGAUUACUGCACUGAGGCUUUUGGAUGGUGGGGUGUAGUUGCGGCUUUGGUGUGUUCUUUUUCGUGGCAAGCUACUGUGAUGGCUGGUGACUACUGGCUGGCUUAUGAAACUUCUGAAAAGCAUGCUUCUUACUUUGACCCUUCUUUCUUUAUUAGUAUCUAUUCUAUCAUUGCCCUGCUUUCUGUUGUAUUAGUCCUAGUAAGAUCCUUCUUUAUCACUUUGUUUGGGCUGAAGACAGCCCAGAUUUUCUUCUCUCGGAUCCUCCGCAGUAUUCUUCAUGCUCCCAUGUCAUUUUUCGAUACUACUCCUUCAGGAAGAAUUCUAAGUCGGGCAUCCAGUGAUCAGACCAAUGUCGACAUUCUAGUGCCUUUUGUUUUGAACCUUACAAUUGCAAUGUACAUAACACUUCUUAGCAUCAUUAUUAUCACUUGUCAGUACGCCUGGCCAACGGUGUUCCUCUUGAUUCCGCUAGGGUGGCUGAAUUUGUGGUACAGGGGAUAUUAUCUUGCAACAUCACGUGAAUUAACUCGCCUUGAUUCAAUCACUAAAGCACCAGUCAUCCAUCACUUCUCAGAAAGUAUUUCUGGCUUCAUGACAAUACGUUGCUUCAGAAAGCAGGAUAGAUUUAUUCAAGAGAAUGUGAAUCGGGUGAAUGCAAACUUGCGCAUGGAUUUUCACAACAAUGGAUCAAAUGAAUGGUUAGGCUUCCGUUUGGAACUGCUCGGGAGCUUGCUCCUGUGCUCAUCAGCCUUAUGUAUGAUCCUGUUGCCUAGUAGUAUCAUUCGACCAGAGAAUGUCGGUUUGUCACUAUCGUAUGGACUGUCCCUCAACUCUGUACUGUUCUGGGCUAUGUAUACCAGCUGCUUUGUAGAAAAUAGAAUGGUUUCUGUUGAGAGAAUAAAGCAAUUCACCGCAAUCCCAUCUGAAGCUGAAUGGAAAAUCAAGGACCGCCAACCUCCUCCAAAUUGGCCAUCUCAAGGCAAUGUUGAACUCAAGGACUUGCAGGUUAGAUAUAGGUCCAACACUCCUCUUGUACUGAAGGGAAUAACAUUAAGCAUUAGAGGGGGAGAGAAAAUAGGCAUUGUUGGGCGAACAGGAAGUGGAAAAUCAACUCUUAUUCAAGUGUUUUUUAGGCUUGUUGAGCCCUCAGCCGGGAAAAUUAUCAUCGAUGGUAUUGACAUCUCAACACUAGGCCUUCAUGAUCUUAGGUCUCGAUUUGGGAUCAUACCUCAAGAACCUGUUCUUUUUGAGGGGACUGUGAGGAGCAACAUCGACCCCAUUGGUCAAUAUUCAGAGGAAGAGAUCUGGAAGAGCCUUGAACGAUGCCAACUUAAAGAUGUAGUGGCUUCCAAACCCGAAAAACUUGAAGCUCCAGUGGCCGAUAAUGGAGAAAACUGGAGUGUAGGGCAAAGGCAACUUCUAUGCCUAGGUCGUGUGAUGUUGAAGAAAAGCCGGCUUUUGUUUAUGGAUGAGGCAACUGCUUCUGUAGAUUCUCAAACAGAUGCAGUGAUUCAAAAGAUCAUUAGGGAAGACUUUGCGGCUUGUACAAUCAUCAGCAUUGCUCACAGGAUACCGACAGUUAUGGACUGUGAUAGAGUUCUUGUGGUAGAUGCAGGAUUAGCAAAAGAAUUCGAUUCACCAGCAAGGUUGCUCGAGAGGCCAUCAAUUUUCGGAGCACUGGUACAAGAAUACGCUAAUCGCUCAUCUGGUCUGUAGUCUUCACUCUGAAAUCUCUACUACAGCCAUGCAUUAUCAUUGGGAUGAUGAAACUUCAUCCUCUGCAAAUGAAUGCUUACCGUUCUGACUUCUGAGAUAACGUUGCUUAUGUCUUCUGAUGUUCUUGAGCAUGAAGGUGUUUUGAUCAAUAACCGCUGAAGAUGAACAUCUCAAAAGGCCAUUUUGUGCUACUGCUGCUUUUUGGGAUUGGGGGAUCAAUUAUACAUAUUACUAGGUAGAUUAAUAGAUUAGAAAUUCUUGGAAGAGAUAUAUAGCAUAUUUUCUGUUCUUCUUGUGAAAACUUUCUUCAAACAGACUAGCUCCAUUUACUCCAUAAAAUGCUCUUCUGAUUCAAAUUUAAAGUCUAUGUGCCUUAUUUUUGAA